AUAAACUCGUGAAAUUUCCAUUACACCAAGGAAGUCAGUGAUCUGCGUGAUUUAUUGAGAACGUGACUGUCUCGGACAAAACGAAUACCGAUUUGGAACUAUCACGAUUGCAAUUUCCGCUCGAUGUCCGAUCUGAAAUCGGGAAGUACGUGUAGAAAAACGUAUAGGGGCAUGUUGGGAUGAGAAGAUGAGCGAAGAAGUGAAAAAGAAGACGAGUCGCUGAGACCGGAAGGCCGUUGACCUGAAUGUGUAAACAGCGGAUGGCGCGUUAAUUCGUGCCGCUGCGAGCGGUAACACUGCGCCGCCGGCAGUACCCGCGACUUGGUUCUUCGCGCGAACACGAGACGAAGUUCAUUCUCGCUUCGUGCGCCAAACGCUAAUUGAGUUGACCUAGUGUGAGUGCGUCGCAGUCGGUAUCCCGAUCACUUCGUCCGUCGCAUCACACCGCAUCGCUCGUAUUCCAUCCCCUACCGAAGUGACGACARAGUCAUCGGACCGCGAUCGUACCAUAAUACACAUUGUUCCGAUAUAUAAUAAUAAAUCGUGAUUUCUCUUAUCCCUGUGCACAGGUGAUGUAUCCGGCCCGCGAACGGUCCGUUGUCGGCUGUUGUUGAACAACCGUCUGCGCCCGUCCGGAAGAAGGGCCACCCGUGAUAGACACSUUUUCGAUAAUUAUAUUAUCGUUAAAUCGUUACAUGGACACCACCGGAAGCAUCGGCCGCGGACUGUCGCCGUGGUGCCGGUGUCUGUGGUGGCUGACAUUUUUAAUUUAUAUAGGAUCUUUGAACUAUAUGGAGAAAACACAAAAACUGCUGAGAGACGAAGGWGCUGAGUUUCAACACGCCUACAGCACUACCCCUAUGUGCUGCCCGUCCAGAAGCUCAUUGCUUACCGGUUUAUACACACAUAACCACGAAGUCUUUACGAACAAUGACAAUUGCAGUGGUCCAGUAUGGCAGAGUGUUCACGAGUCAAGGACAUUUGCCACUUAUUUAACCAACGAAGCAGGAUAUCAUACAGGAUAUUUUGGAAAAUAUUUGAACAAAUAUAAUGGGAGCUACGUACCUCCUGGCUGGCRUCAAUGGGGAGGUCUUAUUAUGAAUUCCAAAUAUUACAAUUAUUCAGUUAACUUAAAUGGCAAAAAAAUUAAACAUGGCGAUGACUAUCAUAAAGAUUACUAUCCAAAUUUGGUCACCAACGACUCAAUAAACUUUCUACAACACGCAAAACAGCACCACCCUCAUCGUCCAUUUAUGCUAGUGAUGAGUUUCCCGUCACCUCACGGGCCCGAAGACUCUGCACCUGAAUACUCRGAUAUGUUUUUUAACGUGACCUCACACCACACUCCUACGUAUGACUAUSCUCCUAAUCCAGAUAAACAGUGGAUUUUACAAGCAACAGGACAAAUGUUGCCAAUUCAUAAAAAAUUCACAAAUUUAUUAAUGACUAAACGGUUACAGACAUUGCAAAGUGUAGAUGAUGCUGUAUCUAGAAUUUAUGGAGAACUGAAGCAAUUAGGCGAAUUAGAGAAUACAUAUAUUAUUUAUACUUCUGACCAUGGUUAUCACUUAGGUCAAUUUGGUUUAGUUAAAGGUAAAUCUUUUCCAUUUGAGUUUGAUGUACGUGUUCCAAUGUUAGUAAGAGGCCCGGGUAUUGAGCCUGGAACAAAAGUAAACGAAAUAUUUCUUAACAUAGACUUGGCGCCUACAUUUUUGGACAUUGCCGGUGUUAAUCCACCAGCUCAUAUGGAUGGUCGUUCUGCAUUCAAACUAUUCCAUAAACAUAAAAAGGGUAAUAAAAAGUUUGUCGCACACUGGCCUGAUACGUUUUUAAUUGAAAGYAGUGGCCGAAGAGAACAUAAUAAACACAAGAAAAUUUUAUCAUCAAUUACCAAUGAUUUCAGUAUUGAAGAUGAUUUGAGAGUAGUUGCUGGUAACAAAGCUAGUGAAUUAUUUGUAUUAUGUCAGAGAUCAGAUUACCAGACUCCAUGCAAACCUGGACAAAAGUGGCAUUGUAUUCGUGAUGGAUUYAGGUGGAGAAAACAUAAGUGUAAUUUAAAAAACCGUAAUCGACUUCUAAAUGGUCUUAAAAAAUGUACUUGCUUUUCUGCUGAUGGAAAUUUAUACACAAAGCUUGAAAUGGAUAAAAACAAAAAAUAUAAUUCUAAAAAUCUAAAAGUGGCUAAUUUUAGAGAMCGUUUUCGCAGAGACAUUUUGGCUCCUCUCAGUAAUAAUAUGUCUUCGAUUAAGAAUGUAUUGAACAAACAAAUUGAUGACUUACGGUCAAUGGCAGUGSUUAAUGACUCUGCUCUAGCUAGCUGUACAGUCACUCCUAAUGGUGAUGUUAAGUGUACAAAUAUUGUAUAUAACAAUCCAAAAGUUUGGAAAUUCAGUCAGAAUCGUGUACAAAAACAAAUUUCAAGUUUGCAAAAAAAAUUAGAGAAACUUAGAGAAAUACAAAAACACCUUGAAACAAAGCGACCAAAUAUUGAUGACAUAGAUGAAGAAGACGACGACACAGAAGAUGACCUAAAUGAAGACGAUUCUGAUAACUUACCAACAGAUUACUCUCAAACACAAUGGAAUCUUAGGAUGGUACCAGUAAACAAUUAUAGCAUGAGUCCUGGCAGCUUACUUGUAGAUGGAGUUGAACCCCAUACUUUUAGACAUCACGGGCAUAAAUCACAAACUAAAAAUAUUUCUGCAGACACCUGUUAUUGUGUGCCUUUCAUGUUUAGUGAUAAUGAUCCUGCACUAAAUAAAGAAGUAAAAAAGUUACUGAAAGCAGACAGACAAAAGAAAAAAGGACGAAAAUUCCGUAAGAAAAACUCUAAGCUAAACAAGGAGUGUAUGUUAGAAAAAAUGAACUGUUUUAAUCAUGAUAAUGAUCAUUGGCGAACCGCACCAUUUUGGACAGAGGGGCCAUUCUGUUUCUGUAUGAACGCGAAUAACAACACAUAUUCGUGUCUUCGUACGAUUAACGCCACACACAAUUUUCUAUACUGCGAAUUUGUCACCGGGCUAGUGACGUUUUACAAUAUGAAGAUCGAUCCAUUCCAACAGCGGAAUCGAGCUUACACCUUAGAACCUAAUGAAAAGGAAUGGCUUCGAAAUUCACUUUCAGAAAUGGUGCGCUGUAAAGGUUCUGCUCAAUGUGCGAUCAGCCCGGUGAAACGCAGAAAAAAACUUGACACUUUUAAUACGYUGUCGUCCAAUAACGAAGCAAUAACGAGCAAAAAAUUGCUUGUGGAACAACCAAAAGAUUUGGAUAUUGAAGUGCGAUACCGAUAGCACAUACUAUACGUUAUAUUAUAUUAUGUUGUAAAUAAUUUAUACCGAAAAUUAGUGUAAAAAUACAGUAUUAUUAAUUU